AAUCCAUUAUUCCUGCCUGCUCUCCCUCUGAGCACUUGAGCGCCGCUCAGCUCCCGUGUGCGUGCGUGUGCGCGUGACCCUCUCACAUGUGCACGUUAAGAAGACUUUUGUGUGUUUUUUCGAAGUGGAGUUGGAGUGCCGCUGCUCAUCAGUGAAAGUGACUGUAGGAUCGGGGAGGACCUACCUGUGCUUGUAUUUUGGAAGCUUUUCUGAGACAAAAACUGAACUUUUUUGCACUGAGCUGCUCUGUUUGUUUGUUUUUUUACCUUGCAGGUACCGUUCACAGAAUUCUUUUCUUUCAACAAAUCAUUGGAUUUUUUUUUUUUUUAAUUAUUAUUAUUAAAAGGAAUUGCAGACAUCGAACCACUUUGUGGUGUGACCAAGUUGGGUAUAUAAAGUGGAAUUGUUUGAUUCCUUUGGAAAAUUCCUUUUCGUGGACAAGGUGCAUGGUGUGGAAAAUAGAAGAGGCAAUUAUUUGGUGAGAUGUUUUUCACUAUGGAUUUGCCAGGCUCAGGUGGACACUGACCCCAAUCUUGGGAAGUACUGGACCCUUUUGGUGUUUGGUUUCCAGAAGCAAAUGGACAGAUCUGGAUUUGGCCCGUGUGUGACAUUUUCAUCCCUUCUUGGAGGUGAAAGGUGAGGCCUGUUGGUUUGGGAAUCUGCCAGGAGAACACUUCCAUGUCAAGACGGCAGGUCCAAAAGAAUACAGGAACUCUGGCACGAUAAGCCGAUACUCAGACUCAACCGAUGGACUCCAAUUGACUAUCUGACCUGAAGUCCAGUGACAACAUCUCCUUGCGGACUUGAAAAGAAACCGCGUGCCAGAAUGAUGACCAUGAUGAUGAUGAUGGUGGCCACGAUGGUCACCUGCAGCUCCCUGUUCCUUUUGGGACUGGCCGCCGCUCAUGCUUCCUCUCCCAGCACAGUGACGCGUUCGUCUCCGUCUUCCUCCUCCUCUUCGUCCUCGCCACGUAUGAAGCUCUCGUUCAAAGACUUGCAGCAGUUCAAUGGAGUGAGGCGCUAUGAGCUGGAGCGCUCGUGCUGCUUCAGCGCUCUGCUGCUGGACGAGGAGCGGGGCCGACUCUUCGUUGGGGCCAAGAACUUCCUGCUGUCACUCUCGCUGGAUAACAUCGGCAAACAGGACCACAAGAUCCACUGGCCUGCCCCCGUUGAGUGGAGGGAGGAAUGCAACUGGGCCGGCAAGGAUAUCGCAUCUGACUGUGUAAACUAUGUGAAGAUUGUCCACCACUAUAAUCGCACCCACCUGUACGCCUGUGGAACCGGAGCCUUCCAUCCCACUUGUGCCUUUGUGGAGGUGGGGCACAGGAUGGAGGACCACAUCUUCAAGAUCAACCCAUCGAACAUGGAAGACGGCAAAGGGAAAAGUCCAUAUGAUCCUCGCCAUAAUGCCGCAUCUGUACUCAUUGGCGAUGAGCUGUAUGCAGGUGUAGCUACGGAUUUAAUGGGGCGGGACUUCACCAUCUUUCGAAGUCUGGGCAGACGUCCCUCCAUCCGCACGGAGCAGCAUGACUCACGUUGGCUCAAUGAGCCCAAAUUUAUCGGUUCCUUUUGGGUCCCAGAAAGUGAAAACCCUGAUGAUGAUAAAGUAUUUUUCUUCUUCCGGGAGACGGCGGUGGAGGCCCAAGGAUUGGGGAGGUCGACUUAUUCCCGUAUUGGACAACUCUGCAGGAAUGACAUGGGCGGUCAGAGAAGUUUGGUGAAUAAGUGGACGACAUUCCUCAAAACCCGACUGAUCUGCUCGGUACCGGGAGCCGAUGGCAGUGAUACUUACUUUGACGAGCUGCGCGAUGUAUUCCUGCUGCAAACGAGGGACAGAAAGAAUCCUCUGGUCUACACAGUCUUCUCCACUUCCAGCAGUGUAUUUAAAGGCUCAGCUGUGUGUCUUUACUCCAUGAAUGACAUCCGGAGGGCCUUCCUGGGGCCGUUUGCUCACAAAGAGGGGCCCAACUACCAGUGGGUGCCCUUUCAGGGAAAAGUGCCUUAUCCCCGCCCAGGAAUGUGUCCCAGCAAGACCUUUGGCAGUUUUGAGUCUACCAAGGGUUUCCCGGACGACGUGAUUCAGUUUGCACGUCACCACCCUCUGAUGUACAACCCAGUGUACGCCAUGACCAGACGGCCAGUCUUUGUCAGAACCAAUGUGGACUACAGCUUCACCCAGAUCACUGUGGACAGGGUCAACGCUGCUGACGGACAAUAUGAUGUCAUGUUUAUUGGCACAGACAAAGGGACAGUACUCAAGGUCAUCAAUGUGCCCAAGGAGAGUUGGAACAACAUGGAAGAACUUCUGUUGGAAGAGCUGGAGGUCUUCAAAGAUGCCUCGUCAAUCAUCGACAUGCAGAUCUCCUCAAAACGGCAACAACUGUACGUGGGCUCCAACACAGGCAUCGCCCAGGUGCCCCUCCAUCGAUGCAGCGUGUACGGGAAAGCCUGCGCUGAGUGCUGCCUGGCCCGAGACCCUUACUGCGCCUGGGACGGGACAUCCUGCACUCGCUACCUUCCCAACACUAAAAGGCGUUUCCGUCGCCAGGAUGUGAGGAAUGGUGAUCCCAACACUCUUUGCUCAGGAGACCACCACAAGCACCACGUGGCCGAGAAGAAGCUAUACGGAGUCGAAGGAAGCAGCACCUUCUUGGAAUGCAUCCCCAAGUCCCUUCAGGCCCGAGUCACUUGGACCUUUCAGAAACAACGAGACAAGCCACGAGAAGAGGUGCGUCUGGACGAUCGGAUCCUGCAAACAGACCGAGGGCUCCUGAUACGCCGUGUCCUGAGGAGGGACACGGGUGUUUACCAGUGUCACGCCAUGGAACACGGCUUCACCCAAACCCUGCUGGGCAUCACUUUAGACGUCAUCCAGUCCACGUCGUCUCACAUGCCUUCCGAGGCCCCUUCCCGAGCGGAGCCUCGCAGCGCUGGAGGGCCUCUGGUGGCCAACCCAAAGCUUUGGUAUCGGGACUUUAUGCAGCUGGUGGACCAUCCAAACCUGAACACGGUGGACCAGAUUUGCGAACAAGUUUGGGCCCGCCGGAAUCCCACCGGUGACCGAAUGGAGAAGAAGGUUCCCGCCGCGGGAAGAGACUCAAUGUCUCCUGGUCCCUCUGUCCGGCCCGCUAAUAAGAAGUGGAAGCAUCUCCAGGAGCUGAGGAAGGGGAGGAACCGCCGGACCCACGAAGGAAAACAGAACCCUCGGGCGCCACGGAGCGCGGGGGAGUAACAGCAACGAGAAGAACGAGUGGGCUCGGCAGAACUGAUUCAAGUAGAUUUUUAGAAAGGGACUCGGACAACUUUUGGAGGAGGUCAAAACAUACAAACACACCCAUGCACACAAAUGCGCACACAUACACAGCCCCAAAGCUCCUCCUCCAACGUGUAUAUUUAACUGUGGAGUUCCUUGCAUGUGUUGAGUUAUGUCCCACAUUCCUCCUGCACGAUCCCAUCGCAAUGUGCCGUUCUUGUCGUUGAGUCGACAAGCAGGUACAUAAACCACAGCCAUUUGAUAGCUACUGUAUGAAUCCACGUACACUCGUUUUUCAGUACCGGAGAGUGGGCCACAUCUUUGGUCGAGUACCUUGCGACAAACUCCGUGUUAUUGACAGUAUCUAGACGAUAGUGUGAACUCUAUGCCGUGAAAGGAUCCCGGAAAACUUCGAGAUGAACUCACACCUUUCUUUACCCCUUAAAGACUUACGGUGUAGAGUAUAAAGUGGACAUGACGGCGGUUCGGAGACACAACUGGAAUAUACUUCUACAACUGGAAACGCACGCGUGCAUGCAGAAAGAUGGACUACUUCAUGUGAUGUUUUUACAAGACUCAGCAUUUCCUUUUGUUUCGUCACUCAAGUCGUCAUUACAUCGGGGCGGAGACAGUAGCAGGGGGGCAGACUGUGGGUUUGUGGGGCACACAGAGGCACACGGCAGCCAAGUGAAACACACCAUACACGUGUGGUGAGUUGUUGAUGAUGUGUUGCCAGUUACCAGAUGAAACCACUGCAGAGUGAGGAGAAAGGCGGGAAAACUACUGGCUUUUGAAUAAUGUUAGCAGAAAAUUUGGUGUUUAUACUACAUAUAAAAGAGUGGAUCUAUGAAGGAGUAUAUGGGCCACACUAGGAAAAAAAAA